AUGGGACCAUCCCUAGCUCCGGCGAUGAAUGGUGCCAGCGAGGGUCCCGCCGCGAUUCCAAUCGCCAGGCUCCGGCUCCGUGUCGCUGCGAGGACAAUGCGAGUGCACGGAGCUACAGGUCAUUUCGAUUGGACUGGACCACAUAUUGUAAUGAGUAGGCACCCAAAUAAUAAUCUCAAAGCAACGCAUAAACGAAUCUCUCACGGAAAGAGAUGCGACGACCUUUUCGUACGAGUUGUGCUCGCUUAUGACCAUCUGGUUGUUGGGAUGAAAUCCGUUGCAAUGCUUCGAUCUCUUUCUCGACUUGCUGGUAAAGCAGUGAAACUUAGUGCAAUCAACCAUGUCCCCGUUCGUGCCAUAUCCACAUCAUAUAGAGCAUUCAACGUUGCACCAGAAUUGACCGAGGCACUCACCAGAGAGAUCCAAGCUGAGCAGCAGCUUUCUCAAGAGAAUCUUGGUGGUUCUGCUGCACCAUCCUUCCAUGGAUUCAAGAUUGCAACCAAAGACGCAGAGGUUCGUCUGACUAAGCAGUACGGAAAGGAGAACAUCCUUGUUGUAUUUAAUGUCAAUCACUCUGUCGAUAUGGAUGAAGGAUUUGAGGAUGAAGCACAACCAGAGGCAGCUCCUGUACCUGUAGCUCUGCCUCCUUUCACUGUUGAAAUAACCAAGGGCAAUGAGCGUCUGUGCUUCCACCUCGACUUGGUCGAGAGUGUUGAUGUGCAGGGAGAAUACGAUUUCCGAGUUGAAGAAUUUUACGUGGCUCCGGCGGCUAAAGGAGAAGACGAAGAUGUGGCAUCGGAAGUUUACGCUAGCAGCGGGAAAUACAUCGAUCCUGAUUUGCAUGACUUGCUGUUCGUUCGUUAUCUAGAAGAGCGCGGAUUCGAUGCUCAGUUCUGCAAAACUCUUGUAGCCUACGCGACACACUACGAGCACUCGCAAUAUGUUGGUCUUCUGAACAAGAUCAAGGCUUUUAUUUCGAAGUAA